CAGCUGCUUGCGAAAGCCGUAAAUAAAAACUCGUAUUGCAAAUGAGUUUAGCAAAAAGGUACACGCAAUGUAUAUUCAACUUUCGAAAAGUAGCAAGCUCGCUUCUCGCCAACAAAGGCAAAUGGCAGUUGCUCGGUGCCGAUGCGAAAGAAAGAGCUAACAGAUGGAUUGUCAGCGGGGAGCAGUGUAGCAACAUCUCAGUUCUGUACACGACAGCAACAAGAGUGGAGGCAUCAACUGAUAGUGGCCAACGCAGGUUUGUUAACACGCAACAAAAGUCCAUAACAUCAGCAAAUACAACCACAGCGAAAAAGCGAAAAAUGGUGGCAAAACUAUCAGAACAAGAACGCACUGAAAAACUGCAACCACUUUUAGAUGCUGGGUGGAGUCUCGUUAAUGGUCGCGACGCCAUCAUUAAAGAAUUCAUUUUCAGUGACUUUAAUCAGGCUUUUAGCUUUAUGACUGGAGUGGCCCUAUUGGCGGAGAAAAUUAAUCACCAUCCAGAAUGGUUCAAUUGCUACAACAAGGUCCAAGUCACACUGUCUACCCACGACGUUGGCGGCUUAAGUAGCCAGGACAUACGCAUGGCUACAUACUUUGAUACGCAUGCAAAAUUGUUCAAUUAAAUUUAAUACAUAAGUAUGCAUAUUAUACAUGCAUAUUUCUUUGUCCUAUAUUCAUUGAAAAACUCAGACCAAAGUGGACUUACUUAAUAUAUGGUAGUCUGCCUGACAUACGCAUGGCUACAUACAUACUUUA